GUUAGAGACAGAAACACAGAUUCUAGAGUUACCAUGGACUGUGCAGAGCUGCUGGUACUGCUGCUGGUGCUCAACCUCAAGGGAGCCUUCAGUGCAGCGGUGGUGCAGUGGACAGAGCUGAUAGAAGCUGAGGCCUACCUAAAGCAGUACGGUUACCUUGACAACAGCGCUGUCCAACAGGACCCUCACUACCUGGAAGAGGUCAUUAGUGCUCUCAGGGUGUUUCAGAAGGUGAAUGACCUGCCACCUACUGGAGAAUUAGAUGAAGCCACGCUGGACGUGAUGCGACAGCCUCGCUGUGGCCUGGCAGACCCUUUUAAUAAAAAGUUCAACAGAUACAGAGUGAUGGGUCGUUGGAGAAAGAGGAGUCUGACCUAUCGUAUCUACAACUACACACCUGACAUGAAGCAGGCAGACGUCAAGGCAGCCAUUCGUUCUGCCUUCAAGUACUGGAGCGAUGUGGCAGCUCUGACCUUCAGAGAGCUGGACUACGGCCGCGCGGACAUAAAAAUCUCCUUCCACAAGAAAGACGGCUUCUGUCCUGUUCCAUUUGACGGUCGUGGUCACGUUCUGGCCCAUGCUGAGUCACCAGAGUCUGGUAUCGUUCACUUUGAUGAAGAUGAGGUGUGGACAGAGGGAUCUUACUAUGGAACCAACCUGCGUAUUGUAGCCGCCCACGAAAUAGGCCAUGCCCUUGGUCUGGGUCACUCUCAGUACAGAAGUGCUCUGAUGGCACCGGUCUACUCUGGUUACCGUGCCAACUUCAGGCUGCAUUCAGAUGAUGUGAAUGGUAUCCAAGUUCUGUAUGGGAAACGCAUCACCAGCACUUUAGCCAGUCCAACUACACCAGAGAGUCUGUUACCCACAGAGAGCAGCAGUGGCCCUGACCUCAUCCCUGACCCCUGCACGGCCACACUGGACGCCAUCAUGUUAGGACCUUGGAGGAAAACGUUUGCCUUCAGUGGAGAAUACGUGUGGACCAUCACUGAUAUGGGCCACCACAAACCAAUAAAGAUCGACAGGUUAUGGGCUGAACUCCCUGGGAACCUGAACGCUGCUGUGACCUCACAGAGAACCAACAAGACCUAUUUCUUUAAAGGAAACAGAGUGUGGAGGUACACCAGGUUCCAGCUGGACUACGGCUACCCCAAACAGUUGAAACGGAUUCCUCCUAAUAUCGAUGCAGCUUUGUACCUGGAGAAGAACAAAAAGCUGGUCUUCAUUAAGGGUUCACAGCACUGGCAGUGGGAUGAAGUGAUGUACAACAACUUAAGCUCGUACCCCAAGCCUCUGUCCAUGCUCUUCACCGGGCUGCGGUCCUCCGUGGACGCCGCCCUUACUUGGACCAAUGGGAAGAUCUUCUUCUUUAAAGGAGAUAAGUACUGGAGAAUGAACGCGCUGCUGCAGGUGGACAGAGGAUACCCACUCAGCAAAAAGGAGCGUUGGAUGCGAUGCUAAUAGUCAACCAUUAGGGGGCAGCAAGUGCUAAGAGGUCGACAGCAGCGCCUCUAGUUCCACUCUGGGAACAGUGACAACUUACCAACCUCAAGAACAGUGAUCAUAUGUAAAAUGUAAUCGAACGUUGGAGGAUACCGGGGAAGGUUUUAUCUCUGGUUCUGCCUCUUAUUGUGAGGUUUGUUUCCUGAACAUAUACGUGUUUUUGUGACAACCAUAAUUUUCUAAACCCGAGUUUACGAUCUCAGGGAGAAACCAGGAGAGGCGUUUUGUUUUUCUCUCUAACAUAUGUGAUGGAUUAUGUGACUAAAUGCUUCCAGAAACAUGACAUUUGAUUAUGGCAGAGUUCUGGACGACUGUUACAUUUUGUUAAACUCGUUCUCUUAGUCUGAUCAGCUAUUCCGCUAUUCUGUCGUUAUUAAUGACGCUUCUGAUGCUAAUCAGAAAACACUGAACAUUGUUUGUAGAUUGUUGUGGUAAUUAUAAUGUCCGGUUACAUUUCCA